AUGCGCCCGGUCUCUACUGGCAACCGACCGAAUUCUGAUGGUAAUCAAACUUGGGCCGAAUUCGAAGUUUUACCGCUGUUGAGGUGGGUAUGAUGUUGUUAUAGGUUGUCAGUUAUGAAAGUUAUUGUAAUAUGUUUUAGGUUACGGUGAAACGGAGCUUUUGGUUUAUAUUUUUAAGUAUUAAUAUAGUGGUUAUUUUUAGGUCUGGUGCAUCAAUUUUGUAAGAUAUGAUCUAAUUUUUCAAAGUGUUUUGAUAUAGGGGGACCGAUUCGCAAAAAGUGUCGUAUAUGUAUUUUAUCUCAUGCCCUACUUUUUCAAUAUUGCUUUCAUAAUGCAGUACAAUACUAACCCAAUCUAUGAUGACUAAUUUGCUUUACCAUUUAGCCUAGAAUCCACAAUGCAAGGGAACAAAGUGAUAUUAACCACAAGACCAACAACUUCUGGAGCUGAUGAACUUCGUCAGCGCCGUGCCACGUUCACAAGGUCAAGUACGAACGUCUAUAAUCAAAUAGCGUUACCAGGUUCUCUGAUGUCAUCUAAAGGUAGUGGAGCUCGCCCAUCAACUUCUAGUGGGCAUGGUAAAACGAGAAGAUUGGGCAGUUCAGCUAAUUGGAAAAACGCUGUCCGGCAGGCCAUGAAUAAUAUUCAAAAUGUAAUUUUUGGAGUUGGUAUGAAAUAGGGAAAGGCUAUUUUUUAUUUUAAGUUUUUGUAGCUUUCAGAAGUAUAUUUUAAAGUUUAAAUUAUAUUUUAAAAAUUAAACUUAAGCCACAUAUUGUUUUAGAUAGACGAGAUAGAAGAACCCCACUGCUCAAAUGUUGUUCAACGAAUACAAUUGUCAUCUUUAGACACAGAGGAAGAAGAGAAAGCUGAUGAUGUAGCUCUGAUUCAAGAAAAAGAUGGUCAAGAUACGAAAAGAAGUGACAAAUCUUUAAAAACGUCUCCUAAAAGAGUACAAUUCAACAUCGAAGUCAAAGUUGAACAUCUUGGCAGUAGUAUGGUUGGCGGAAAAGGCGUGGUAAGUUUUUUUUUGACUAAAACAGGUAGGAUUACCUCCCGCUUUGAGCUAAAUUUACGGGCCGCACCUAAAAGUUGGACUAGGCCCUCGGGAUUUGCUUAAAACGGAGGCCCGAGAAGAAUUUUUUCAUCGGACUAGGCCCAGCCUGGGCCGUUGCUCAUUUAUAACUUUAUUUCAACCCACUCUCUUGCUCUUAUUUCGCUAGCCUAUCCUUACCUUUUACUUGUCUUAGGCGUACCGUAAAACUAACUCUAGCCUAACCUUAUAUUAACCUGUCUAGCCUGACCUGAAACCUUUCUACUCCUGCUGUUAGAAAUUUAAAUCUUGUUUUGAAAAACUCCCAAAAUAACAGUGAAUACUUGUUAUUUAUACCUACGAAGCCAUACCUAAACAUUUCUAAUCCAUAUAAUUCGUCCUAAUGAAGAAUAAAAGGGCCAUCUACCUCCGUGUUAGUGUUUUACCUAGUGAACGAGUGUUGGACGACUUUUUGAGUUGCUUUUAAUGAUUCUGGAGUGGGAAUUGGCUUAAAAAAUUGGUUUGAGUUUUAAAAUGGGGGGGGGGGGAGGGUUUUAAGGUUUUUACCAUACCUUAGUUUAAACACUUCGCUAAGGAAGGGGGAUUUUAUGGGGGUGAAUGUGCUUUUUUCUCUUUCAAAAAAAAUUGGGGAGGCUUCUUUGUUCUACACUUAGUUUUAGCUCUAGUCUUAACUCUAUCCUUAGUCUCAGCUUUCAGCUUUAGUCCUAGCUCUAGCCUUAGCUUUAGUUUUUGCCCUAGCUUUUGCCCUAUCUUUUGCCCUAGCUUUAGCCUUAGUUUUAGUCAUAGCCUUGAAUUUUUGUCUUAACCUUAAUCUUAGCCCUAGCUCUCUAGCCUUAUCUCUAACCUUAUCCUUAAACUCUUGUCUCAGUACGGCUUUAAUUCUAUUUUUUUAAUAAUGACAGUUCAUUUCACAAUUUUCAGUACCCACACCCUCGAAGUGAGCCCGGCGCAUCGACCGGUAUGAGUCGUGAACAACAUGCCUUCCUUAACAGGUAUGGAAUGCGACUGGAAGAUGCUGAUCAACAACAAGGAGUUCGAUUCGAAGGCGGUUUUGUCAAGUUCUUGAGGGAAGACUUCAUUGUUGAUCCAACACACGACUACUCGUACUAUUGGAAUGGCGUGGUGGCUUUUGUUUAUCUCUACAAUCUUUUUGUGGGGUUUCAUGUUUUUCUGGAUUUCAACUUUUUGAAAUUUGGUAUUUUAGGUUUCUUAACAUAGUCGGGGCUCGGCGGGUGAUUUUUGAUCUGCAAGGGGAAUUUUUUUAAAAAUUUUGACGUUUUUCAACAUGAAAAACAUAGCAUUUUUACGACAAAACUUUUUUUCACGCUUUUCAGUUAACAAUUCAUUCUAAUACCUAAACUUUUAGUUUGUUCCCUACCGAUGCGUUUUCUUAAUAGACGACGUGCCACAUACAAUCAUAUUCGCCUUUCUACUCUGCGAUAUCAUAUCAGAUAUUGUCUACCUAAUAGACUUGUUUAUCAGAGCACGUACUGGCUAUCUAGAACAAGGAUUGUUGGUUCGAGAUAAGAUGAAAACAUGGCAAGCAUACAGGAAAAGUUGGUUGUUCUAUGCUGAUGUUCUUGGUACGAUUCCACUGGACUACUUCUGUGAACUAGCACUUUGGAGUCCGAAUCCCUUUUUGAGAUUCAACCGGUUGAUAAAGUUGGAUCGGAUUCAGAACUACAUCAAUGCUACGGAGACAAGGUUGGGUUUAUGUUUUUUGAUUUUUUUUUGGUUUUUAGGGUUACUGUAGGGAGGGUUAUUUAUAUAUGACAUUGUUUUAGAAUUUCAAUUCCAAACGUGUUCCGUAUAACAUGUGUCGUGAUGUACAUCUUGGUACUCAUUCACUGGAAUGCUUGUUUCUACUUUUUGGUAUCUAUAUGGAUUGGAAUCGGGACGGAUUCUUGGGUCUACGGAUAUGCUAAUACCCAAGCUCUUCCACCGUAAGUAUUCAAUUGUUCAAAUAAUUCUGCGCCCUCUAACUCCGAAGAUUUACUUUUCCAAUUUUCAGAGGCAUAGAAGACAGUUGGGGUCGCCAAUACAUUUACUGCUUUUACUGGUCGACUUUGAUGUUAACAACGGUUGGUGAAGUACCAUGGCCUGUACGAAGCAUUGAACUUGUAAUUGUUAUUGUUGAUUUAAUGUGCGGAGUGCUUAUUUUUGCUACAAUUGUCGGUAAUGUAGGAACGUAAGUUUGUUUUUACUAUAAUAUAAGGAUUUACUAGCUUGUUCAAAAAAUAAUGAGCCAUGUCUUAUGGAAAGUUUAAAGUAAUCAGCUACAGGCUUGAAUUAUGUUUUUUAGUGGUACAAUUUUAGAAAAAUUAAUAUUGUAGUGUAUUGAACAGCAUUUUGCUUUCAGUAUGAUCUCAAACAUGAGUGCUGCACGUUCAGAUUUCCAAAACAAGGUCGAUGGGAUCAAGAAGUAUAUGGAGAUGAGAAAUAUUUCUGCCGAGGUAAGGUUGAAUACAAGUUUUUUUUCAAAAUUAGGUUUUUUAACAAAAUUUUGGUUAGAUACCUCUCGCUUGGGCUCUGGGCCAGACAGGGCCGGACCGAAGAAAAUAUGAAACGGGCCGAGUCGGGUUUUCCGAACUGGGCUCGAGGACCGAGGCUUAAAUCAAGGUUCGGCCUAUGGAACGGGCCGAAGAUUUGCUCUGGGUUUCAUUACAGGUUUUAUCUAAGGGGUUUUGUCGAGGAACUAGGCUUAAACAAGGCCCGGCGUGUUUAAUAAUCUGCUUAAAACUUAUGUUUUUUAGCUAGAAGAGCGAGUAAUAAAAUGGUUUGACUAUUUGUGGAGCAACAAACAAACUAUUAGUGAUCAACAUGUUCUACGAGUACUACCUACAAAGCUACAAGCUGAAAUUGCUAUGCACGUUCAUUUUGAAACGCUGAGGAAAGUUCGCAUCUUUCAGGUCAGAUAAUUUUUUAAAUUUGUAAAUUUUCAUUUUUAACAUCUCAUCACAGGCCUUUUUUUAAGUUUAUCCUUUUUGAUUAAAACGCUUGUUUCAGGACUGUGAAGCCGGAUUGUUGGCGGAAUUAGUACUAAAACUAGAGUUACAAGUGUUUAGUCCAGAUGACUAUGUGUGUAGGAAAGGUGACAUUGGCAGAGAAAUGUAUAUUGUCAAGAAAGGCAGGCUUCAAGUUGUGAAUGAUGAUGGAACUCAGGUCUUUCACACUCUACAAGAAGGCGCGGUCUUUGGAGAAUUGAGUAUUCUUAACAUUGCUGGUAGGUUGUUUUAGAUAGAUUUCUGCUGGGGAGGGUUUUUUUUUUAAUUUUAAGAAAUUUGGGGGAUCAAAAAUUUCCUCAAAAUAAAAAAAAAAUUUUUUUUUAUUUUUUAAAUUUUUACAGUGUUUAACUUUCUUUGACUGGGGCACAGAAUUACGUGAACAACCUAAUAUAUUUUUAGGUAGUAAGCAAGGAAAUCGCCGUUCAGCCAGUAUCAGAUCAGUAGGUUAUACCGACUUGUUUGUACUGAAAAAAACUGAUCUAUGGGAAGCUCUACAAGAAUAUCCAGAUGCUAGAAAGGUCUUGAUUCAAAAGGUAUUUUUACAUUACUUUAUUUUACCUUACUCUGCUUUAUUUUAUUACAACCUAAUCUACCCUACUAUACACUACUUUACCUUACCCUAUUCUACUGUACUUUACCCUGCCCCACCCUAACCUACCCUACAUUACUUUACCCUGCACUGUCUUGCCCUAUCUUACUCAUUCUAUCCUACCUCGCUUUAACCUACCUUACCCUUUGCGACCUUUGUCUUUUUCAACUGUACCCCCACCUACCGUACUAUACAUUAAUAAACAAUUCAGGGCAAAGAAAUCCUGAUGAAAGACAACCUACUAGACGAGACCCUAGCCAACGAGCAACGUCCGCCAGAGGAAUUGGCAGCUGAAUUACAAGAAUAUGUAUCUGAAUUACAAACAAGAUUGGCCAGAUUAACGGCCCAAACCUUUAGUAAUGAAGUCAAACUCCAAAAACGAAUCGAUGAUUUAGAGAGGGAAUUGAGGAUUCAAGAUGAAGGAUUCUUUGACGAAGCUGCUGAAAUGAUGUUAAUGAACGAUGAACCUGAUAGUAUUGGGGAAAUGAGUGGAAGAUCGGAAUUGGAAUCAGAGAGAGAUGCUGAUGAGCCGGGGACUUCCGGGUUGCAGACUAAAAAGAAUCAGUAG